AUGAAGCUUUUACAAAAAUGCAGAAUUGUACAUGUGGCCAAGCAGUUGCUCCCCCCCAGAAGGGUAAAAAUCAGGGCCCAUGGAACGGCCGUACGGGAGAAAUGCACGGGAAGUAGCACACCCCCGAGAGGGGCAAGUCACACGCCAAGCGCGAACACCCCAAGAGGGAACACCCCAAGUGAGAAUGCCCCAAAGGGGAACACCCCUGGGCAGUCCGAACUUGUCAGACAAAUAAGAAAGUCCUGCAGAAAAGACGACCUGUGCAGCAUCUACAAAUUCUGCGACCAAUUUUUGCACCUUCUAAAAUUGAAGCAAAUUAAGGAAGACGAUUUUUCCAUAGUAAUUCACCUGCUGAGUAAAAAAAAAAUGCACGACAAUAGCUUUUGGAGACGCAUAGCCAGCACAGAAAAUGUGAAUUUCAUUUUCAACAUGAAUUUGAAGCAGAUAAUUCUCACCUUCAAUAGCAUUGCCAAUUCGUACAGGUACCUCAGCUUGACCUUUUUAAACGAAUUUACGCAGAAGUUCAUAUUUGUCUUAAAAUGCCAGAGGAAACUCCUUUCUCUUUCUCGAGGAAGAAAGGCGGUGCGGCAAAGGGCAAGUGACCCCCUCACACGAGACAGUUACCCCUCGUACGAUGAAUCGAGGCACACAAAUUUUCAGCCGCUCUCCAAUUUGACAUACCACAAAGGGGGGACUAAAAUUAAAGUGGACGAUUACGCGAAUGAAUUCGCAUCUCUGAACAUUACAAAGGAGAACCCCACAUGGAAUACGCUAUUUCACAAAAAUGAUGACCAAAAUGUUGGUCCCCUUCUUAGGAAUAGGAAAAACCAUUUGAAUGGCUUAGACCUAACCCUAGCAUGCAACACAUAUUCUAAGCUGAACCACGUAGAGAACUUGCAAAAUGUAGAAGAGUUAAAACAAAUUAUGUACAAACUUUUUCUUUAUUUUUUAUUUUUCAACAAAAUAAAUUGCGACCAUCUGAUUCUCUUCAUGUAUAGCUACACACGGGUGAGAGGAUGUAUACACACAAGUGUGCUGCUCAAAGUGCAGAAGGUGUUACUGAGUCCGCCAAAUGGGCUGCACCAUCAUUUUCAAAAACUGCUUACUGUGCACACCCUGGAUGUAGGCUCAUUAAACAUGCUAAUGAGUGUACUACAAAGGGGAAAUGUUAAGGACGAAAUGAUCUGCAAAGAAAUGAUCCUCUCAGUGGUAAUAAAUUUAAAUUUGAAGAAUGAAAAAAGGACCAAAAUGAAGGGGUCUGUCUUAAGUGGGGAAGACAAUAACUGUGCCGAUUGCCUCAACCAUUUUGAAGACGCAUUGGGUCACUCACCUCGAUAUGCCCCCUCAAAUAGCAACGAUACGGACGAGGGUACUCACGAACUUGUAACAGCUUGUACACUUCCUCAUGGCGACCAUUCCGAGAUGCUAAAAAAAAGGCAAACCCUCCUUGAACAUUUUACAAACAAGGAUUACACGUACGUAGCGGAGAAAGACCACCCGCUCGUUAAACUAAAAAGGAAGGACUUCUGCUUCCUUGUAUACAAUAUAAACAAAUUAAAAAUAAAAAAUUACUACAAUGUGUACGACUAUAUAAAGCAGGAGUUGAGUGCUAGCCUGCCGUGUAUGAAUGUCUACAGCUGCUGCAUCAUGCUGGACUGCUUAAUAAAUUUAAACAUACUUGAUCAAAAAUUAUUUAAAAAAAUGCUGACCAGCUUGAAAAUAUUAUUCGAUAAAAAUCACUAUAAUGAGAAGGACGUUACGGACAUUUUCGAAUGCCUAUGCAGAUAUGACCAGAAAAAUUCGGCCCAUCAUAACGAAAUAUGCAACUUCCUACAAUGGUUAUUUUUAAAAGUACAAAUAAAAUUACAAAAAUAUAACUACACAAAUUUAAUUUCGAUUUUCUGUUGCGCUUCUCACUUUAACGUACUUUUUCCCAACAGUGUGCUGCAAGAUUUGUGUAUAGACGUGCUGAACAAUUUUCAGUCAAUGGAUAUAAAAUUGCUUCUCCCCCUUCUAUACUUUUUAAAAAGUAAAAAUUACGAAAUUAAUAUUUUUUUUUUUAACACAAUCACGGAGAAAGUCCUUUCCAAAAUGAAUGAUGCGCACACGUUUUUUUACCUUUUCUAUAUUUUGUCCAGUUUUGCUUCAGAAACGCUGCAAAAAGAGACUCCCAUUUUGAUCAGACUGGCCAACUUACUGCAGCGUAAUGAGAAGAUGCUAACUGUAGAGCAAAAACUCACCAUCGCAUUGCACACAGUUGUAACUCCUGUGUUGAUGCUAAAUGAGACAUUCCUCCUCUUCUGUGAGAGGGCGUUUGUGGAUAUUUUGCGUGCGGCACAUGAGGGGCACACACAACUAAAGGGGAGCAACCAACUUUAUACUACGUCAAAGGUAACUCCCCCCAAAUGGAACAACAGCUUCGCCCCAUACUUCACCAGCAGUGAUAAUCAUACCAAUUUUUACUUCAACACAAAAUUGGGUGGUACCGAAUUGGAGGUUUUCCUUUUUUUGCUACUGUCAGAUGUGUAUCAGAAGAAACGCUUGCUUUUUAAAAAGGGGGACUGCCUAACAGCGCAGGGUGAAAAAAAUAAACACACCAACCUGCAGGGAAGCCAAGUAAGCACACGUAAGUUAGACGUACUGUUCAACUUUAUAUACAUCAAAUUGGAGAGUGAUGGCCUCAGCUACUUCCUAAAAAAUAACAUCCAUUCGUUCGAUCGGCAAUUUUGCGCAAAACGGUUGGACACGCAAAAAGCACACAAGUAUAGCCCCAUUUUUAACUCAAGCAAAUAUGCAAACGAAGAGGGAAAAAAUAAUGGGAGGACGCUCCACAUUUUCAACAACGAGAUGAGGGAACACUUCCCCAACUUGGAGGGAACCCUUUUUAAUGUAAUCAAAACAUGUUAUGAAGAUUUUUUCAUUUACACAUUUUUCGUAAAAAAAAAGGACAAACAGUUUGCUAAUUAUUGGAGCCAAAACGAACGCUGCACUUACGCCGAUUCGUUUCUCCUCCACAGGAAUGAUAGCUUAAUUAUAAAAUUGAAAAAGAACAUGUUCAUCAAUUCGAUGCACAUUCCGUAUGUGUUAAAACCGUUUCUGUAA